UCCUCGGUUCUGCAAAGAAAGUCAACGUCAACUUCCAGGACACGGACGGGUUUUCUCCGCUGCAUCAUGCGGCUCUCAACGGGAACCUGGAGCUCAUCUCUGUGCUGCUGGAGUCUCAGGCUGCUGUCGACAUCAGAGACCAGAAAGGUAUGCGGCCUCUGCAUUACGCAGCCUGGCAGGGGAAGGCGGAGCCUAUGAAGAUGCUGCUGAAAUCUGGUUCGUCUGUUAACGGCCAAUCGGAUGAAGGACAGAUCCCUCUGCACCUGUCGGCGCAGCACGGCCACUACGACGUGUCUGAGAUGUUGCUGCAGCACCAGUCCAACCCGUGUAUUGUGGACAAUGCGGGGAAAACCCCUCUGGACCUGGCCUGUGAGUUCGGCAGAGUUGGGGUGGUCCAGCUGUUACUGUCCAGUAACAUGUGUGCUGCUUUGCUGGAGCCAAAAAAAGGAGACACCACCGACCCCAACGGGACGUCUCCCCUUCACCUGGCCGCCAAGAACGGACACAUAGACAUUAUCAGACUGCUGAUCCAGGCAGGUAUCGACAUCAACAGACAGACCAAAGCUGGCACAGCUCUGCAUGAAGCUGCUCUCUGCGGCAAGACCGACGCCGUGAGACUCCUGCUGGACAGCGGCAUCAACGCCACAGUGAGGAACACUUACAGCCAGACGGCUCUGGACAUCGUCUACCAGUUCACUGCAACACAAGCCAGCAGAGAGAUCAAACAACUGCUAAGAGUCCAGCCUCCGGUCAUGAACGUUCAUGAGCGUCUCUGCAGCCACUGGAUGAAAACAUCAGUGGUCUUGGAGCAGCACCCCGAUGGACGCUGGAAGGGCUGUAUCCAUGACAACCGAACAGGAAAUGAUCGGGUGGGCUACUUCCCGUCCACCAUGGUGGAAGUCAUCAGCAAGCGUACAGGUUUGGCCAGCACAGUCAUUUGCACUCAACAGUUUCAAAAGAUACCGCUGGUUCCCCCGGCGACGGUUGCCCCUGCCAACGCGGUAGUCAACGGCAACGACACCACGUUCCAUCAGAUCCAUAUCCUGCCUCCACCGCCUCCUCCUCCACCACAUUCCCAUCAGCCACUGCUUCCACUUUUUACUUCCUUUGGCUAUAGCAGGUCGCCCGUGACAACCCCACAGGGAGACACACCCACUGCCCCAGGUUGUCGCGGUUCAGAGGCAAGUCCUCACAGCUCUCCUACCCCGUCCAGCGGGCCCCAUGGAGGCUCCAAUGAAGAGAUCUGGGUACUGCGCAAGCCAGUGGCAGGUGGGGACCGCAGCAGUGUGGGCAGCUCUGGCAGUGUCACGAGCGUGAGGUCAUCAGGCAGCGGUCAGAGUGCCGGCAGUGCCACACACAUCCUCCAUGCACAGGCCGAAGGGGUUAAGCUUCUCGCCACAGUCUUGUCCCAGUCGGCCAAAGCGAAGGAGCAUCUCCUGGAGCAGUCGAAGUCUGUAGACCAACCUGCAGGUUCCGCCAGCUCCUCUCGGACGUCGAGCCAAUCGGGGUGUCCCCUCCACGAAGCGCCGCCUUAUGACGCCGCGGCAACCAGGAAGGGGGAGGUGCCAGGCGAGGGGAAGGUAGGACAGUACCACAGAUUCAGUCCACAGAGACACAGUGAGGAGAAAUUCACCAGCAUGAAAGUCACGAGUCUGUAACUGCAGCGUGAUGAGAAUGUAGCUCCUGAGUCACUUGAACAGCGACGCUCUCCCACUUGUACGUGCACACACAGACACACACUCACACACACACACCAAGAUGUCCCAGUGGUUUCUCUCGCAACUGGCCUCGUCCGUGCUGCGAGUGUUCGGAUGCAGCCACGAUACGAGCUCAGAGGCCGUUGUCCAAUGGCUGAGCGACUUUCAGCUGCAGGUCUACGCUCCAAACUUCGUGGGCGCUGGGUAUGACCUGCCCACCAUUAGCCGAAUGACCCCAGAGGUAAGGCACCUGAACCCUGACCCCCUGAGGUCGCAGCCACCUCCAAGGACCACAACGGAAAACAUUGGGAUUUGUGCUGUCCUCGAUGUUUUCCAGAUGCAUGUGAAAUAAACACGAUUAAACCACUCAGACAAAGUCUCUCAGCUGUCCUCUCCCUGCCCUGACCUCACCUGGUGUUGACCUCCUGACCCCUUG